CCUGGAGGCCCGCAACAAAGCGCUGAGUCACGCUGACUGACAGCAGGCGCUCUGCAAACCUGUCCUCCCUGCGCUGUGUCCCUGCGGCUGUGGAGUCUUCUAGGCACCGCCGGCCGUGGCCUCCCUCCUGGGCCUGCGCUACUGCCGACUCAACACCAGAACUUUCUUUAUAAACUCCAAGAUGGCGUCCUCUAAAAAGGUUACUCUCUCAGUGCUCAGCCGGGAGCAGCCAGAGGGGGUUGGAGCACGGGUGCGCAGAAGCAUUGGCAGACCUGAGUUGAAAAUUCUGGAUCCAUUUUUACUGUUUGAUGAAUUUAAAGGAGGAAGGCCGGGAGGAUUUCCUGAUCAUCCACACCGAGGAUUUGAAACAGUAUCUUAUCUUCUGGAAGGGGGCAGCAUGGCUCAUGAAGACUUUUGUGGACAUGUUGGUAAAAUGAACCCAGGAGACCUACAGUGGAUGACUGCAGGACGAGGCAUUCUGCAUGCUGAGAUGCCCUGCUCAGAGGAGCCAGCUCAUGGCUUACAGCUGUGGGUGAACUUGAGACGAUCAGAAAAGAUGGUGGAGCCUCAGUACCAGGAACUGAAAAAUGAAGAGAUCCCGAAACCCACCAAAGAUGGUGUGACAGUCGCUGUCAUUUCAGGAGAAGCCUUGGGAAUAAAGUCGAAGGUUUAUACUCGCACACCAACCUUAUAUCUGGACUUCAAGUUGGACCAAGGAGCAAAGCAUUCUCAGCCUAUUCCUAAAGGAUGGACAAGCUUUAUUUAUACCAUCUCUGGAGAUGUAUAUAUUGGGCCUGAUGAUGCUCAACAAAGGAUAGAGCCACAUCACACAGCAGUGCUUGGAGAAGGUGACACUGUCCAAUUGGAAAAUAAGGACCCCCAAAGAAGCCAUUUUGUCUUAAUUGCUGGGGAGCCAUUAAGAGAACCAGUUGUCCAACAUGGUCCGUUUGUGAUGAAUACAAAUGAGGAAAUUUCUGAGGCCAUUCUUGAUUUCAGGAAUGCAAAAAAUGGUUUUGAAGGGGCCAAAACCUGGAAGUCAAAGAUUGGAAACCAAUGAAGAACUGAAGUGCUGCCACUUGGAUGAACUGACCAUUCAGUAUAUUCAAUUUCCAGAGCUGAUUUAGCUGGUGCUUCUAAAGAAUUCUACAUUAAGUUGGAUGUAGUGGUGCAUUCCUUUAAUCCCAGCACUCUAGGAGUCAGAGAAAUGGGAUCUCUGAUUUCUAAGCCCAUCUGUCUACACAGUGAGUUUCAAGACAGCCAGGGCUUCAUAAAGAAACCCUGUCUUGAACAUGCAAAAAUAAAAAAAAUAGAAUUCCACAUCAAAAUGAAAAGAAUUUUUUGUAAUGAGUCUUUAGAGUGCAUUAUAUUUAUGUAUGAAAUUGUCAAAGAACAGGUUUAACUAAUUUAAAAAGGAAAGGUACAAACAAUAAAAAAAUGGUAGUAAUAUAUGUAAGAUAUUUCCUGAUAUAUGCAAAUUAUUUUAAUUGUUUUUUUAAAUCAAUGUUCUUCAUUUAGUGGAUAUUAUUAAGGACCUAUUAAAAAUAAUUGCUAUCUUCAUGUGCUUUUUUAUAUGUGAGUAGAUGCCUUUUUUCCUCUG